AUGUCAUUACAAUUUGCAACAUAUUUUCCAACAGUUUUUCAAGUUCUGAUGAAAAUGGCUGAAAAAUCAAAUUCAAAAUGUGAUGAAACACGAAAUGAAAAGAUCAGAAAAUUAGACACGACAUUUAAAAGCCAAUGCGAAUUUGAACUAAAAAUAGAUUCAUUGAAUGUGCUGCGUUCAAUUCACAAUGUUUUAAGGCAGCGUACAUCAUUUAGUUUAAUUGCUUGA